AUGGGCUAUAUUGACUAUCAGAAAGCGUUCGACUCCAUACCACACAGCUGGCUGUUGCAAGUUCUAGAAAUCUGCAAUGUUGACCCCAAAAUCUGCCGAUUCUUUAAAGAGACCAUGCCUUCAUGGACGACCUCCCUCAACCUCAGGUCUGCUCCCUUUGACAUAACAUCGCCAAAAAUUCCAAUUCGUAGAGGGAUAUUCCAAGGGGAUUCUUUUAGCGCCCUUUGGUUUUGUCUAGCCUUAAAUCCACUAUCGCGGAUAAUCAAUGAAACAGGUUAUGGAUUCUCACUACGAACGAGAAACAGACGUCAUCUCAUUACACACCUACUAUACAUGGAUGACUUGAAGAUAUAUGCUGCAACAAAAAACCAACUUGAAAACCUUCUGCGUACCGUUCAUAAAAUCAGCGCAGAUAUUGGAAUGACCUUUGGUACGAGCAAAUGUCAGACUGUUUCAAUCAUAAGAGGAAAACUAUGCGAAACACCAGAAUUGAAUCUAGAUGAGAAAACUAUUAUCUCCGCAAUGUCGACUGAGCCGUAUAAAUAUCUUGGAAUGCUACAAACACACAAAAUAGAACAUGGAAUUAUUAAAAACCGCCUAUCGACCGCCUUCCGACUGCGACUUACCUCCCUUCUAAAGACAGGUUUGAAUUCUAAGAACCUCUUUAAAGCAAUAAACACUUAUGCCCUACCGGUUCUUACAUAUUCUUUUGGAAUAGUCAAAUGGACCCAUACAGACUUGGAAUCCCUAAAUCGCCUGGUACGAACAACCUUAACCAAAUUUAGAAAUCACCACCCAAGAAGCGCUACGGAACGGGUAACCCUCCCUCGAAAUCUUGGAGGUAGAGGUUUACUGGUUGUUGUUAAUAACAGCAACCUUUACGUCACGGUGUCUUCAGCUGAUGUCAAAUACACCCCCUUGAACCUCAGUAGUAAACAAUAUGAUGCUUUUCCAACUCCUACAUCAAUCACUAAUAAAAUAGCUACUUGGGGAGCCAAGGAGUUACACGGACGGUACCCAAAUGAGCUAGAUCAACAUCACAUUGAAAAGGCGGCAUCAUUGCACUGGUUAACAUCGGGUUAUCUCUACCCAGAAACGGAGGGAUUCAUAGUGGCUAUGCAAGACCAAGUUAUUCCAACACGCAACUACCGGAAACUCAUCCUAAAGGAGAAUAUAUCAGACAAAUGCCGUAGAUGUGAUUCUGGAAGUGAAAACAUAGAACACAUUUUAUCAGGGUGCAGUAAUCUUGCGAGUACAAAGUAUCUGGAAAGACACAACAGAGUCGCAUCAAUCAUCUACUUGGAGAUCCUCAAACAAUUCAACAUUGACCGAGAAAUCCAAGAGCCCUACUACAAAUAUCAUCCACCACCCGUAGUCGAAAAUAAUAGUUUUAAAAUAUACUGGGAUAAAACAAUCUUAACAAAUAAAACCCAACAACAAUAUACAAAGCAAGUUUACAGAAAAAAUAACAAAGUAUCAAGAUUUGAGAAUAGAAAUAAAAAAUAUAUGGCAAAUGGAAUCGGUCCAGGUAGUCCCCUUGAUUGUCUCAGCCAUUGGAAUUAUCCCGGUCAACCUGAAAGAACAAUUAAAAGAAGAGGUGUCAGACAAGGUGAUACAAUAUCCCCUAAACUCUUUAACCAGGCAUUAGAAGACGUUUUCAAAAAUUUAGAUUGGGAAGAAAAAGGUAUCAAAAUAUGUGGACAAUACUUGAAUCAACUAAGAUAUGCGGAUGAUAUCGCCUUAAUAUCAGAAAAGAAAGAAGAACUGGUAGAAAUGCUGGAAGAACUGGAUACAGCAGCUAGAAGAAUAGGCCUAAAUAUGAAUUACACUAAAACUAAAAUCAUAAUAAACACAGAUGAAAACAUAAAACAACCAAAAUAA